GCACGGCUCAUCGUCGGAGACACAUACGUACAGAGGGAGAGAGAGGGGCGGCGAGCCGCAUCAGCGCUGCCGCUGCGUACAAAACAAACCAUCCGUGUGUCAACAGACAACUGGCAGCGUUUCCCCAGCGGUCCUGUUGGAUUUACUGUGGCGUCUGCUGCAGCUGAAGGAGGCAGACUAAAGCUGGUAGAGCCACUGCAGCAGAAAGGUCAGGAGCGGAGGAUAGAGUCCGCGGAGCCAGGAGGCACAGGGACCCCGUCCGAACACCGGGACCCCGCCCGCCCCGCCGCAGCUUCCACCACAGCUGGAGCUCUCCGACGGUCAGCUGUCAUCCAGGCACCUCUCCUGCUCUGUGCCCCUGAAUCACUCGAGGUCGGCCUCCACCAAAGGCACCAGCAACGAUAUGUUCCCUCACUGGUUUCUCACCACUCAACACAACAAUGGAGUUUUGUAGAUGCCAAAGAGGGAGUUGAGGGAAGACCCAUCUGGUGAAGAGUGAAUGAAAAAAGGACGGAGAGGAGGAAAAACAAGCAAGAGGCAAAGGAGGAGAAGAAAAACUCCAACAGAGGUGAACACAAGGGAAACAGAAGCAGGAGAAAAGGGAGGGUGGGGAAGAUGUGAAGAGCUCCAUGAAAGAGGAGAGACGGAGUCGAGGAUAGAUAGAAACAGGAAGUGUUAGAGGGAGGAAGCACACUAAGUCCUGAAAGAGACGGACAGGAUUGAAAGUGAAAGAGAGGAAGCCACGCAGGACAGAGAAGCUGGAAGCUUGGGAGAGGUAGGAAGGGAAAGCGAAGGGCUGGCUGAGGGAGGGAAGAAACAUCUGGAUGGUCUCCACAGCGACGGCCAGCAGGUUACCCCCCCUCCGAAGAUGGCCUCCAACUUCAACGACAUCGUCAAGCAGGGCUACGUGCGCAUGCGCAGCCGCAAGUUGGGGAUCUAUCGGCGCUGCUGGCUGGUUUUCAAGAAGUCAUCUAGCAAAGGACCUCGUCGUCUGGAGAAAUACCCUGACGAGAAGUCUGCCUACAUCAGAGCCUUUCCCAAGGUGACAGAGAUUAGCAACGUGAAGAAUAUCACACGGUUGCCUCGAGAUACCAAGCGGCAGGCAGUGGCUAUUGUGUUUACAGACGACACCUCACGCACCUUCACCUGUGAAUCAGAGCUUGAAGCAGAGGACUGGUUUAAGACGCUGUCAAUUGAGUGUCUGGGCACACGGCUCAAUGACAUUAGUAUGGGGGAGCCUGAUCUCCUGGCUGCUGGAGUGCAGUGUGAACACACAGAACGCUUCAACGUGUUCCUCCUCCCCUGUCCCAACCUGGACAUCUAUGGGGAGUGCAUGAUGCAGAUAACCCACGAGAACAUUUACCUGUGGGACAUUCACAACCCUCGCACCAAGCUAGUCACCUGGCCACUCUGCUCCCUGCGGCGCUACGGACGUGACGCUACCCGCUUCACCUUCGAAGCCGGCCGGAUGUGUGACAGCGGUGAAGGCCUCUACACCUUCCAGACCAGAGAGGGGGAGCAGAUCUACCAGAGGGUUCACUCCUCUACACUGGCUAUCGCAGAGCAGCACAAGAAGGUCCUGCUGGAGAUGGAGAAAAACAGCAGGUUGAUGUCUAUGGGUUCAGAGCCUGGCUCCUACCCCUGCACCCCCACCGCCAUCCUGCCCCGGUCCGUCUACUGGCACCACAUCACUGGAAACCAGACAGGUGAUGCUGCAGAAGACGACUUGCUGUCCUCCUGCCUGCCUCCUGACCGCCAUGCCACGCUGCCCAUGGCAAACACACAUGCACAGUCCCAGCCGCACAUACACACACACUCCCCAACACACUACCCCACCUACCCUGGACAGUGACACAUACACACGGAAGAAGAUGUGGACAGACACAAACACACACGUACCCACAUGCAUGCAGGCACAAACAAUUCACACACACUGAAAGAAACACACAGUCCCUCCUCAUAUUAGUUUCACAGCCCAACGUUACACCUCACAGGAGAUGUUGGAGGUGGAAAUAACACUGGCCAACAGACCAUGCUGAAUGCAGAAAGCAGGAGAUGAAAACUAAAUUCAGCAAAAGACUUCAAGGAGAUGGAGCUUCCUUACACGACUGCAGCUCCUACGAUUCCACAGUAGACGGGGAAUAUUUGACGUUUUUCCACACUCAGGAUGAGAAACUCUGGCAGAUUGGUAUAUGUUGCCUACUGUUUAAAGUAAGGACUGAAGGCUCUCAGUAUGAUUUAAACUACCUAGGUUGUAUUAUAUAUUGUGCAGUUUCCACCUGUUCUGAAUGGCCACUCUCCAAAAGGGUGAAACGCCUUGAAGAACAAUUUGUGGGGAUUUUUUUGUGUCAAUGUCUCGGUUUUGCGGAACACAUGAAAAAUGAUUUUAUGAUUUUACUAUAGUGUACAUAUAUAAAAACAUUUUAACAAUGAAUUUUACGGGUCCAUGAAUUCUGAAUAAUUACCUAAUCAUUUUCACUAGGAAGUUCCAUGGAGAGACGUAUGUAAUUUGGUCCUAAUAAUAGGGAAAAUAGGAAUUUCCUUAAAAGAAAUGCACAAUUGAAAGUCAAGUAAAUAUUAACAUAUUAAUCAUUCAUAAUUGGACACUUUAGCGACUAAAAUCUGUAGAAUUGUUGUCAGUAUUCAUGAGUAAAACCUAGUGCAACAACAUGAAUGCCUUUAGGGAGAAACUGUCAAAAUGUGCAUCAAUUUCAUAUUUUGUAUGACUUAUUCAGAACAGAUAUAAACACUUUUGCAUUGUAUUUAAUGAUACAUCAUAAAACCUAGUUCAUUUGAGGCAAAUUAAAGUCUUUUCAUAUAAACCUAUCUUGUUACCAAGCUACCUGGAUAGAUUUGGAAGAUUUUUAAAGUGGAAUUUAAAAUUCAAAUGUUUUAAUAUAAUGUAUAUACAGUAGACUAGCAAUGCUGGAUCUGAUGUUGUAGCUUGAGUUUCUCAUCCCAAGAGUGACACAAUUUCCAAAUGGCUGCCAUGGGAUUCACGUCAAUAGGGCCCAGUGUGUUACAUUGAAUACUGCGUGGAGCAGGACUGCAUGGUGCCUUAAUAGCACCACAUGGACUGUGCUAUCCUUGGAAUUACACUGACUUCUAGGAUUCCCUUGUGGAACGUUCCCAGUGUCAGCGGAUACAUUUGUCUGAAGAACACUUGACAAUUGCACUGUCCGCGUCUGGAUCAUUGCCUUUGAUUUUGCUGAUAACUGAUGUGACUUUGCCGUUACUGGAUCUGUUCGCUGUGCUGAGGUUCUGAAACUUUGGAAUGAAACUGUGAUCGAUUCAUUUUUAUGGAUUGGAUCCUGUACUCAACUGGAUAUUCACCCUCAGAGCUUCAGACGUUCUCUGGGAUGUAUCCUAGUACACCUCCUAGUAGCCACAUGCUUCUAUUGAGCUAUAUUUGCACAACCUUUUUAUUUUCUUAGGUUAUUCAAGGGUUAUAAGUGGAAGAGGGCGUUACAGUGUCGAAGGUCAACAGAGAGGGAUUUUUUGAAAGCCCAUACUGAUGAUACAUUUAGAUUGUACCCGCCAAUAACUGAUAUUCAGUGUCUUUACAUAUGACCCCUUGAAUGCCAGAUAUUAUUUUUUUCCUAAUAAUUUAUUUAUUACUUAAAAUACAAAACACUAAACACUGAAAUGGUAAAUUCUCUACUGAAACACAAGAGAAGAAUAGAAAAACAUUGGCAUCCACAGACUCUCUAAAGGGCGUAGGUGGAAAUGAUAUGGGGGCAUCUCUUCCUCCCAAAGGGUAAGGAAUUAUUGCAAGGAAUAUUUGAGCCAACCUGAAGGGCACUUGGACCACUAAAGUACCCUAUAAUGUGACAACAGGGAAGAAAUUAACCAUGAAAGAGAAGUCCUGAUAUUAUAACAGUGUAAUCAGCAGACAUAAGGGUUCCUUUAGCUUCAUAUAUGCGGCCUAUUUUAAACCUUUGUGUUGCUUGCACUCAGUCAAACUAGUCUGGGAGACUUGGAUUUCAAUUCAGUUUUUGCCCAUAAUUU